CAAGUUGAAAAAAGGAAAACAAGUUAGCACAUUAAACUUUACUAUGAAUUUGAAAGCAGCUAUAUUUAGGCGAGACAGAGCUGGUUUUGAAAAUUUAAAAUUUUUUAAAUUUUAAUUUUUUAAAGAAUCUAAAACUUAUAUAUAUUACUUUUUACAAAAUUGGAAGUCAAGACAAAAUACACACGUAAACUUAUAAAUGUUAAACUUUCAUAGCGUUAUGUCGAAACCUGCUCUAAGGCUAGGUUCAAAAUUUCAAAUACUAUCAUCAUGUUUACGUGUGUUUAGCUUCUAAACUGACCUCAUCGUUAGUCGUUAAAACUGACACUUGAAUGCGAGAGGCAUUGUUAGAUUUAAGUUGAAAAAUAAUUCUUAAAACAAAAAAAAUUCUCUAAAAGAAUUAUAUUUCUUAAAAAAUAAUAGAGCCAUCGGUUUUGACUAAGGGUGUCACUACUCAUUACAUUAGGGUCGUUGGUUUGGUUGCCGCAGGUACCAGCGGUAGCGGCAGCGUCAACAUUCUGCGUCAACUCUUGUUCGUUUCGUUGACGCAGGAAGCUGCGUCUGACGCCGCGUCCGAACACCGCGUCCUACGGCUGACGCCGAUAAAACAUGCGGUCGCAAUAUAACAUGCGACAGCGUCAGUGGCAGCGUCAGCGUCUGCGAAACGAACAACAACCGUCCUUAUUGACGCUGUCGGCAACCAAACGAACAAGGCUAUUAUAGUUAUAAUAUAUAAAUAAAUAUUAGGUCUGGCCGAAGGGAAAAAAAAAGGAGGUAUGGCCGAAGGAAAUAUUUGGUAUGGCCCAGAAAAAUGCUAGGUUCGACCAAUUCUGGUGAGGAUUGUUUUUAAAUUUAGAAAUGGAUUCAUGUAUCUAAAUGGAUUCAUGUAUGCGGUUUGUGUUUACAUGUAAUGAUUGUAAUCAUAAUCAGAUUUCCUAAGUGUAUCUCAUCUUCUGGCGUGUGUACAUUGUAUUUUAGUUGAAUUGCAUUUUAGUUGUAUUGUACGUGUGUAUUUCUUGGGUUAAAUUGUACGUGUGUAGGUUUUUUUGUUUUUACCCUAAAAUUGUUUUGCAACUUUAUAGUCUAGGUAUUAAUCUUGUUAUUCACAAUUGUAAUUGUAGAUUUGUGGUUGUUUACUUUUUAAAUAGAGUACUUAACAGCUUUUGUGGCUUUUCUUUACAGGUGAGGACAGCUGAAAUAUAAGUGUAGCACAUGUGUUCUAAACACAUGUUUUCCUUGUUAAUGACAGUCGUUUUGUUGUAAAUCACAGUCUUACAAAUGAAUAUUCAUCAUUGUAAGAAUAUAUAUGAAUAUUAUAUCAAUAAAGAGUUGACACUUGACAGUACUCAAGGUUCUUCAUUCUUCAGCAACAACAUAAAAGGCAAGACAAAUGUGUGUAUAUAUUUUAAUAUCUAAAACCAGAAAAUAAACUAAUAAUAAUCAUGGAGUACAUUAGUACAGUACUGUUCAAUGAUUUCAAUUGUAAAGCUGGUUUCUCUUUAAUGUUUUGUUAGUCAUUUUAAUUUAUUCAUUAGCAAAUUAAAGUGUUUUUAGCAAAUUAAAGUGUUUACUAUAGUGGCGCCCAACCGUUAAAAAAGGACACACAUAUACAUGUAGGAUGUAGCCCUUAUAUCUACAACAUAUCUUCAGAUUUAAGCGUAUUAAUGAAAAGUUAAAUUAUAGCCAGCUCAAUCAGUCGAAAAUACAUUGUAGAGGUUUAGAUUGAAGAUUCCGCAAGAAACAUCUUAAAGUAAUAAUAUUAACUCAUUAAACAUCUUAGGGAUGGAGUUUCCCUAUACCCUCAAAAUAAUGCUCAUCUUCUGUUUAAGCGAUGUGCUUGCUCGGGUGUUCCUCUCUCCGUGAUGGCUGCAGAUUAGGAGGUCUUUCACCAGCCGUUCUUGAGGAGCCAAUUUUUUAAGAACUGAUCAUCAGGCAUUGCCGAAUUCUACCGGGUUCAGUUCUCGGUUUAACUGUGGUUUCUCUUUUGUGACAAGUGUUUGUUCUAAGUUUGAUGUAUCCUCUAGUUAAAUGCUCUGCUCGUAGUUGGUCUCUGCUCAGCUUAGAUUGAGUCUUAGUCUCUUAGAUAGAGUGUGUCUAGUGUCUGUUCCUUGUUGUCUUUGUUCUUCUGUCAAAACAUAAAAUGGUAAUAAAAUUUAACAUUUUUACCAAAAAAAAACUCAUUUUACAAGAGCUAGCAACGAUAUUAAUAAAUUUAAUUAAAAAAAGGUAAAUAUGAAAAAUUUAAUAAAUUGAUUGUGAAGAAUAAGAAAAUAAAAGCUGAGCAUGGGUAAAAGACUAAAAGACUAAGGGGUCGGUUGAUAACGUGAUUCUCGUGGUUUGAAUUGUUUUUACUUUUUACUAAUUUGACUAUUGUGUAUUACCAACGUCCAAGUUAAUUAGUACACUAGAUCUCGACUCGCGCAACCGCGCGGAUUUUUAUUUUCAUUUAUUUUUAUAUAAACAUUUUGUUUUUAAUUCUACAUUGGUAUAUAUUAAUAUAAUUUUAUCGUAUAUUUUUAAAACAUAAUAAUUUUAUCGUAUAUUUUUUUUAUUGAAUUGGUUGUUUCCAGAUCACGUUUUUUUUUGCUAGAAAAAGAUUGAUAAUUAUUUAAUUCCUAUAAUGUAGUAGACAUAUUAUUUAGUUCCUAUAAUCUAGAAAGUGAGUUAUUUAGAUCUAUAAUAAUAAUAAUAUUAGAAAUUGAAUGUAACAUGACUUUCUAGUAAUAGGUUCAUUAAGUCAAUUUUUUAAAAAAUUACACAUGAGUCAAAGUUGUGACUUCUCUUUUAAUAUAUAAGAUACGUCAAAUUCCUUGUAAAGCAAAGUGGGCCAACUCAAACUUUAAUAUAGUAUUUUUCUUACUUAUUAUAUACAGUACUAUAUAAAAUUGUAUAGUGAAGAAGAUAAAAAGUAGCCACUGCACAUUGUACUGUUACUUAUUGAUAAUAAUGACGUCACACAACUCAAAGCCAAAGUUCGUGGGUUAUUAAGGUGACGCACAUGCACGAUGGUCGGUCCAUAUAUAAGACGAGAAACAUUUCAACCAAUGCCGUCUUAGACCAUCUCUAAUGUAUUUUGCUAUUUUCACCUCCAAAAUAGGGGAACUCUAUAAUAGAGGUGAGAUAUGCUCCAAUGUAUUCCCUUAAAAUAGCAAUCUCUAAAAUAUAGAGUAAAAAAUAGAGGAAUGUUAUUUUUUCCUCUAUAAAUAGAGGAAAAAAUAGAGAUCUCUAUUAUAGAGGAAGAAAUAGAGGUGGGUUGGAGCAAUUUCACCUCUAAAUGCUAUUAUAGAUGUGAAAAUAACAAUGGGUUGGAGAUGCUCUAAAUAUUAUUCGAUUUUAGUUUUUUUUUCUUUUCUUCUGGCAUAUAGAAUAUGAUUUUAUUAAAUAAAGAGACACGUUAUUCCCAUUUAAUUUCACAUGGGUAUAAGUUAUUCGCAGUAAAUGGUGGACAGUAGAUUGGCCAUCCGGACCCAGUUUUAACGAAAUAAUAAAGAUAUGCUUUUAUAUACGACUGUCAUGUUUCUUUCUCUAUAAUACGAAACAAGGAGCUUAUUAAAUACUACAACUUGGAAGAAUAUUAAUAGCAGCUCACUUCAGGUUGCAACCUAUAGCUUUAUCUCUCUCUCUCACACUCAAAUGGAAAAACAAAUCAACAUAGAGAGUAGUGUUACUCAUCAUCAAGACAAUGUAACAACCUCCACCGUUGCCCCCAUGACAUCUUCGUCGGAAUCUUGGUCUUCAUCCAAAAGAGCGUUAGUGCAGGACAAUGAAGCUGGCGGAAAACGUAGGAAGAGCAACGGUCGAGAUGGUAACGAGAAUCCGACGCCGUAUAGAGGAGUAAGGAAGAGGAGCUGGGGAAAAUGGGUGUCAGAGAUUAGAGAGCCAAAGAAGAAGUCAAGAAUAUGGCUUGGGACUUAUCCAACGGCUGAGAUGGCAGCUCGAGCUCAUGACGUAGCGGCUUUAGCCAUUAAAGGCAACUCCGGUUAUCUCAACUUCCCGGAAUUAUCCGGUUUACUUCCUCGUCCGGUUAGCUGCUCUCCCAAGGAUAUACAAGCCGCAGCUGCCAAAGCCGCAGAAACCACAUGGCAAGAACCGGUUAUCCAUGAGAAACUAGUCGAGGAGCUAAGCCAUUCUGAGUUGUCUACGGCUGAUCAGUCUUCGACUUCCAGCAGUUUCAUUUUUUCUUCGGACACUUCGGAGACUUCGAGUACGGACAAGGAAAGCAACGAAGAGACGGUGUUUGAUUUGCCGGAUCUUUUCACGGAAGGACUUCUGAACCAAAAUGACGCGUUUCGUUAUUACGACAGCACGUCCACAUGGCAGCUUUUCGGAGAUGAUGUGGUGUUCCGGCUUGAAGAGCCGUUCACUUGGCUAGAUGUAUAGUUCCAUGCACGAUGGUUUUACUUUUAACUAAUUUUCAGUAUAUAUAUUUUUUGUUUUUCGUUAUGUUUUCUACAUUUGAGUGUGUUAUUAAUUACUUUGCGAUAAAAUGAGCUCGUUUUGAAUAAUUGUCAGUGUUUAAAAAUUGAAGUAAUGUAAGUGAAUCUAAUAAGUGGCAGUGGCAUAACGUAUUUUAGCAUAAAAAUAAACACAGGAAAACAAGAAGACAACGUUAGUUGAUAGUGACACUCUUGAACUUUUAAGCCUUUUCUUGCAUUCUCGCUCACCACUAGAUUUAGAGAAUGUUAAAGAGUGUAGACGAAUUUUGACUCCAAGAGCAUAGCAUCCCCUUACGACACAUGUAUAUUAAUUGAAUAAUUGGACAUAAUUAAUCUAUGUUCUCGACAUUUAUAUUAAUUAGUUUAGGGAUAAUCUGUGGAAAAAUUAACAUAUUCGGUCUCUAGCUAGCAGUCCCUAGUGCGUUCUAAGUUUGACUAGAUAAAGUUUAAUUAAUAUUAGCUUAGUGGUAAACUAGUGAAAAUUUGGUAAUGAUUAAUUAUAUAACCGUAAACUUUUUUCAUUAAUACACACUAAUUAUAUAGUUUGUUUUAAAAGGUAAAAUUAAAAUGCCGGAUAAAAGACUAUAUACAUAAA